AUGUGUAGAUGCUGCAACCUUGCGUAAACUUGCCACGCACCCCUCCACGGCGAUUAUGGUCAGAGAAGCGAUCAAAGCACUCGACUCCAGAAAAGGUGUAUCUUCUCAGGCGAUUCAGAACUAUAUCAAACAGAAGUACCCCUCGGUGGACCUGGUGCGGUUGAAGGGCUUGGUCCGCAACGCGCUGAAGAAGGGCAUCGAGAGCGGCACUCUGGUGAGACCUGCCAAUGCCACCGCCACCACGGGGGCCACAGGGAGAUUCAGGCUUCCACCAAAAUCCAAAGAACCAAAGGCAAAAUCUGAGAAUGUUGACCCAAACCUGCAGAAGGCCCCCAAAUCUGGGACAGGUGAAGCCAAGAAAAAGAAGCCUGCUGCCAAGAAGGAACUUGAUGAACCCAAAGAUGAGUCAUCUGAGGAACCUAAGCCGGCAAAAAAGUCCAAAAAGCAUGAGGAAGAUGUUUUGCCCCCAAAGGUUGCUCCAGCAAAGAAACCAAAAGCUACAAAGAAGGCGGCAGCAGCAGAGACUGAAGAGGUAGAUGAGCAUGAGCCUGUGAAGCUAAAAGGAAAAGCCAAAGCUAUAAAGGAGGAUGAAGAGCAGCCGGAAAAGGGAAAGGCCACACAAAAGAGGAAAGCGGCACAGAGUAAGGCGCAGGUUGCGAAAUCAGAUGAGGCACCAGGAAAACGAGGGAAGGCUUCAGAAUAAUUUUUUUUUUUUUUUUACUGCAACUAAAUCUUAUUUUCAGUUUGUUAUUGACUUGACUUGAGGUUUAUGUGUUCAGUAGGUCAACUAUGGUUUAAAAGGUAAUGUGUUUUUUACUGUUGUAUUGAAAUAAUAAAAAUGUUGUGAUUACUC